UUUGUCAUAAUUACAAUGAAUUCGACUUUUAAAGUAGGCAUAAUUGGAGGCACAGGAUUUAUAAAAGAUUCUGAUAUUAUGACAGAAACCAAAGAAGUAAAUGUUGCUACUACCCCUUUUGGAAAUCCUUCUGAUAUAUUGCUUGAAGGAAAUAUUAAUGGUGUUUCUUGUGUUAUACUCUCGCGACAUGGACGUAGUCAUUAUAUUAGUCCAACAAAUGUUAAUUAUCGAGCUAAUAUUUGGGCGCUUAAAAAGGCGGGCGUUUCUGUAAUAAUUGCUGUGACUGCUUGUGGAUCACUUCGAGAAGAAUUAGCCCCCGGACAUUUUGCCGUUUUGGAUUCUUUUAUUGACAGGCUUAACAACAAAACGUUCACAAACAUUCUAUGAUG